CUCAUUUGUCUAUGCGAUAAUCUGGUCCUGAUUUUGAUGACUUCUUAAAAUAUUUUCCGUAUAAGUUUUAAUUAUGAAGUGGCCCUCUGAUGAUAAUUUAUGAAUUUGAAACCUUAUUCAGUUUCUUAAAAUUUCUCUCCAGCGAUUUUCCAAGAAAGAUUACUGCUAUAUUUCAGGGAUCUGGAUCAACAAAUAGAUUUUCCUUCAGUAAUAAAGAAAAUGAGAAAUGCAAUUGAAGGGCGUUCUUAAAAUUUGCUCUGUGACCAAUGCAAUCAAUUCGUUCGGCUGAUUGAUUUGUCAACGCACAUCAUGAUUAAAUAAAUGCUACAUCGCCAAUAAAUUCGCUUUUACGAAUGGGCUCUAUACGUAAUCUAUACUAAUAUAUAAAGAGAUUUAUUCAAGAUGGAAGACGAUGAGAUUGUCAUGAGUUCCGGUGAUGAAUCGGAAGAAAUGGGUAAUGAAGAUGGAAAUUGUAAUUUGAAUAAUGAAUUAGAAACAUAUCUUCCCGGAAAAACUGUUGAUGAUGAUGAUGAUUUGGAAUACGAUGAAACGGCUUAUGUGCUGUACCAUCACGCUCAGACAGGUGCUCCAUGUUUGAGCUUUGAUAUUAUUAAAGACAGUCUUGGUGACAAUCGAGCUGAUGCAUUUCCACUAACAGCAUAUUUAGCUGCUGGUACACAAGCCCAAAGAUUACACACAAAUAAUGUCAUAGUUAUGAAAAUGAGCAAUUUACAUAGAAUAAAAAUUAAAAAGAAUACUUUGGAGGAUGAAAGUGAUAGUGAAAGUGAUGAAGAAUGUGAAGAUGAUAAGCCAGAACUUGAAUGUGCAAUGAUUCCUCAUCAAGGAUGUGUAAAUAGGAUUAGGGUUACUUCAAUUGGUGAGACACCUAUUGCUGCUUCAUGGUCAGAAACUGGAAAAGUCUUUAUUUGGAAUCUUUCUCAUCCACUGACUGCUGUUAAUAAUCAUAUUGCAAUGACAAGUUAUGUUAGAAAUCGAGAAUCUCCAAAACCUAUAUUUACUUUUCCUGGUCAUCAGUCAGAAGGAUUUGCUAUGGAUUGGUCUUCAGUAAAACCAGGUGUAUUGGCAACAGGUGAUUGUAAUAAAAACAUUCAUUUGUGGAAACCACUAGAAGGUGGGCAGUGGCAUGUGGAUCAAAGAGCUUAUUCAGCACAUUCACAAUCUGUUGAAGAUCUUCAAUGGUCUCCUAAUGAAGCAAAUGUAUUGGCAUCCUGUUCUGUUGAUCGUAGCAUUAGGAUAUGGGAUAUGCGUUCAAAUCCAUCAGAAGCAUGUAUAUUGACAACAGAAAAUGCACAUGAUAAUGAUGUUAAUGUUAUCAGUUGGAAUCGUCUUGAACCUUUUAUAUUAUCAGGUGGAGACGAUGGUGCAAUUAAAGUUUGGGAUUUAAGACAAUUUCAGGUAUUUGCUAAAUAUUAACAAUUUUCUAUGAACUUCAUAAUUUAUU